AAUGGUGUUCCUAUGAAAUCUUAUUCAUUCAUAAACAUAAUUUAAUAAUAAUGCCAUAAACAUUGUUUGAGUAGCACAAUAAAAGUUUUCGUAGUUACCCUACCCUACAUUGUCUUAAUUUAAGUGCACGGUUCAUUCGCUUAAUAAUUCUGAACAUCUUAAGUUUCCGCACAUCAGAAUGUCGAAAGAAGACGAAAAUGCGGGUCUAGAAGCCCAAGAGUCGCUUCUGUAUUCAGCUAGGCACGGUGAAUUACUAGUCGUCAAAUCGCUCUUGGAAGCCAAAUCGGAAGGAAAACUUUCAUUAGAUAUUAACUGCAAAGGUAAAACUAAAAGCAACUUAGGAUGGACACCGCUUCACUUGGCAACCUAUUUUGGUCACGUGGAUGUAGUGAAGGCACUGAUAGAUGCGGGAGCGAAUGUAGAUGAGGUUAAUGACACUGGUGAUACAGCACUACACAAAGCUUCAUUCGUUGGGAAUGAGGAACUAGUAAUACUUCUACUCAACAAGAAAGCAGAUGUAAACAUUAUGAAUGGUGAAGGUCGGACAGCUUGUGAUGUUUCAAAGACAAGGGAUGUUCAGAGAUUAUUGGAAGCUGCAAAAAAGUCUGAGAGAAAUGAACAAGAGAGAAAGCUGCUCACUGCAGCUAAAGAAGGCAGGAUUGACGAUAUACAGAUUCUGCUAAGCGGUCCCAAUCCGCCUAACAUAAACUGUGUAGACGCGCAGGGAAACACGUGCCUCCACUGUGCCGCCUACCGUGGACACACGAGACUCGCCAUUCUGUUGUUGCAGCACGGUGUGGACACCACACUCAGGAAUAAUAGUGGGCAGCUGGCCACGGAGCUGUCCCGGGACGCGGAGAUGCGCGAGGUGCUGUCGGUGCGGCCCGUGCAGCGCCUGCAGCACGCCGCCUCCCGCCACCAUGGGCCUCUUCUCAAGCGGGCCAGGUUCCUGGGCUGGAGACCUGUCUGGGCGGUGCUGCAGCGCGGCGUGCUGCUGUACUACAGCAACAAGGCGGCGGCCCGGGACAGCGGGCGCUGGAGGAGCCGGAAGUACCUGGACGGAGCGAGGCUCGCCGCGCCCGCCGCCGAGCCCGCCAUCAUCACGCUCAGCUUCAGCGACGGCGACUCGCACAAGCUGGCCGUGCCGCCCGUCGAAGAUAUAGCUGCAGCGCGCCAGGCGUGGGUGACAGCCUUAAACGAGCACAUCGCGUACUCCGGACACUACCUGUGGGCCGGGGCGUCGCCCGACACGGCCAAGGAAGCCACCGAGGAGUUGGACGAGGAGACUAAGCCACUGGGUACCAUGCAGGACGCGCUGACGGCCGCGACGAACAGUCUGGCGCUGCUGGACACGCAGUUGCGGGAGUGCUCCGCCAUCGUGGCGGCUCUGGACAAAACGGUCAACGUCAGCAACUCCCUGCACCAUUCGGCGUACAUGCGGUUCCAGCACGCGAGCGGCAGCGGGCAGGCCGCGCUGGCGGCGCUGCGGCACGGCGCGGCGCUGGUGCAGCAAGCACGCGACGCGGCCGGCGCCAGACUCGCCAGGGAGGUGGAGAGGAACCGGGUCCUGGAGGAGGCUCUGGCCGCGUUGGCGAGGACGCACCACGCGCUGGAGAUGUCGGUUGCAGAGGAACUCACUAAGGGCAUGAGAAAGAAGAAGUCGUCAUCGACUUUGAACGAGUCGAACGAUAAUUUCUUUGAUGUUUUCGACGGCUCCGACGACGAGGACGACACCCUGGUGACGGCGGGACUCUCCAGCCCGCUCGGCGCGCUCAGUCCCUGGGGGAGCAGCCCGGACCUCGCCAGGAGGACGCCUCUAGGGAGUCCUGACGGCGACCGCACUCCGACCAACGAGGAGGAGGUCCCGGCGGUGAGCCCCGCGUCGUCCCGCGGCACGCUGGUGUCGGCCGGCGGACACGUGUACAGGAACGCGCGCCCCUACGCGCCCUGCACGCGCCGCAGGACAACACUACCAGUGGCCCAAUUCAGCCGAGGAGACUUCUCGCUCUGGUCGGUGCUAAAAAAUUGCGUCGGCAAAGAGUUAUCCAAGAUCACGAUGCCGGUGGUAUUUAAUGAGCCUCUAUCGUUCUUGCAACGGAUGCUGGAGUACUUGGAGUACGCGCAUCUGCUGCGGAUGGCUUCGGAACAGACCGAUCCUGUGGCUAGGAUGGAGCAUAUAGCAGCGUUUGCCGUAAGUGCUCUGGCUUCAAACUGGGAACGUCUCGGCAAGCCGUUCAACCCUCUCCUGGGAGAGACAUACGAACUUGAGCGUCCAGAGUUCAGAGCUGUCUGUGAGCAGGUGUCUCACCACCCUCCAGUGUCAGCAUUCCACGCGGACAGCCAGCACUUCGUAUUCCACGGCUCUGUUCAUCCGAAACUGAAGUUCUGCGGGAAGAGUGUCGAGAUUCAACCAAAAGGACACGUCACUGUUGAAUUGCCGAGGUGGGGUGAGGCAUACACAUGGAGCAAUGUAAACUGCGUGGUCCACAAUGUGAUUGUGGGCAAGCUAUGGAUCGAGCAGUACGGGGCUAUGGAGGUCACCUGCCACGGAGGGUCUGGUCUGAAGGCUAACUUAGUGUUCAAGCCAGCCGGAUUUAAUAACAGGGAUCUGCAUCGGGUCGACGGAUUCAUUACAGAUGCUAGCAAACGUCGUCUCCGGUUCUUGUACGGCAAAUGGACGGAGUACAUCAAGUGUUGCAGCGCGGCAGCACACGAGCAGUGGUCCAGGGAGCGCGGAGACGAGGGUCCUGCCCACACCACUCCUUCGCAUACUCCCAAAAAAGUCCUCGCCAAACUGAACAGCUUCAAAGUAGGCGCUUUGCGAUCGAUGUCCAUACAAGAGCCUGAAGAACCGGAUCCGAAUGCGGAAGAUGUUCCGAAGCCGGAUGACUCUUUCAACAUCGACAUCCCAGGGUCAGUCACGCUUUGGGAAGCCAGGUCUCGACCGCCUAAUAGUGCUCAGUACUAUCAGUUCACUGAGUUCGCAAUGUCCUUGAACGAGCUAGAGCCCGGGAUGAAGGGUCAGCUUUGCCCGACCGACAGCCGUCUCAGACCUGAUAUCAGGUUGCUGGAGCAGGGUGACAUUGACGCUGCAGCUGCGGAGAAAACCAGGCUUGAAGAGAAACAGAGGACUGCGAGGAAGAUCCUCAAGAAGUCUGCAGAUGGUUGGCAACCUAGGUGGUUCAGCCAAGGCACGAAUCCGUACACGAAGCAAGAAGACUGGCUCUACAACGGUGGAUAUUGGGAUCGCAAUUAUCAACAUUUGAAGGAUGUUGAUAUCUUCUGAAUGUAAUCAAUUAUUUUAUUACAUACAUGUAACCCUGUCAUACAAGGACUGACCGGCCGCUUAUACGGUACACCGUAUGCUUGUAACUAACCUAUUAACCGAAUUCAAAAAAGGAGGAGGUUCUCUGUUCGGAGCCAAGGUUCUUUUAUUAUUUGCUAUAUUUCGCAUCCAGACCUUGAAAUAUUCGUCUAUCUAAAUCUGAAUUUUCUACCACUCCAAUGAUUAUAGCAGUGAUCAGUAUUGCUCGAAAUAACUUCAAGUAUAUUGCUGACCUCAGUAAAAGCGUUCGACCAAUUGUCCCCGUGAAGACCUCAAGGACAUAUUCGAUUUAAAACGGCAUGACACUUGUGGACCUUGGUAUAUAUUUACUGCACAGACUUUUCUGCAAGUCAUAUACGAACGUGUUGUUCGCAUGUCUCAUUAUACUAACAAUUCACGGUCUGCAUGAUUCCGCUUAUAUUACUUCUUUGUUCAGCUGACAUCAGCUAAUAAAGAUUGAUUUUUUUCACCUGUUCCAAAAGAUAUUGUACAGCAUACGUAGAAUAAAAAAAAUCGUUCUAGUAGAUUCUGAUAAACAUUAAAUCCAUGAAAAUAAUAAGAUAGAUAAUAUGGAGAAAAAUCA